CUCAUUUUUUAUUUAUUUCUCUCUCUUUUACCCUUCCCCCAGUCUUCUCUUGCUCUCUUAUAGUUGUAAUUUUCUUGUUCCAAUCCACUUCCAUUAUUACCAUUUUUGUUCUUUUUCCUUCUUUUAUCAUUUUUCGUCAUUUCCCAUAUUUCUGCUCCUUUUCCUUUUUAAUUAUUGGUUGAAUUUUCGUGGUUAGUGUCUGUUCGGUCCGUUUCUUUCACAGAUUUCCAGUUCAUUGCGUUGCCUUCUGCCGUUUGGAAUCCGAAAAGCAUAAGGCUGUGCUGAAGUUGAGUCUUUUGUUUGGACUUCGUUCUCCCUUUUGGGUUUUUUUCCAACAAAAAAACGUUUCUUUUACAUGCAGAAAGGUGGAUUUGGUUCAAGACCUUUUGGUUAAGAGAAAGAACCGAUGGGAGAUUUUCGUUAAUGAAAUCUGUGAGUAGCUUUGUGUGUGAGUGUUCAAAGUUCAAAUUUUUCGUUGUUUAAUUGCACUGGUUGUGGAGAUAAGCAGAAAGAAGAUGAGUUGCUUCCCUUGCUUUAAUCCUCGUUCUAAAGAUUCAAGGAUCGACAUUGACAAUGGAAGCCGAACUACCUCUCGCCAUUCCGCUGAUUCCUCAGUUUCCAGCGCUACGAGAAGAAAGGCAAUUUUAGAAGAGCAUAAGAAAGGAAGUGAUAAGGGACAAGGCUCCAAAGGCAAUGGGGCGCGUAGUUUCACAUUCCGGGAGUUAACAACGGCAACAAGGAAUUUCAGAGAAACCAAUUUGCUUGGGGAAGGAGGAUUCGGAAGGGUUUUCAAAGGUCGAUUGGAAAAGGGGGAGAUUGUUGCGGUGAAACAACUUAAUCACGAUGGUCUUCAGGGCUAUCAGGAAUUCAUUGUUGAGGUUCUUAUGCUGAGCCUGUUACACCAUGUUAAUCUGGUCACCUUGAUUGGCUAUUGCACGGCCGGGGAUCAGAGGCUCUUGGUUUACGAGUACAUGCCGAUGGGCAGUUUGGAAGAUCAUCUUUUCGAUUUAGAACCAGGACAAGAGCCUCUGAGUUGGAAUAAUCGUAUAAAGAUAGCAGUAGGGGCUGCUCGAGGAAUCGAAUAUCUACAUUGCAAGGCCAAUCCACCAGUCAUCUAUCGUGACUUGAAGUCUGCAAAUAUUUUACUUGAUAAUGAUUUCAACCCUAAACUCUCAGACUUCGGCUUAGCAAAAUUGGGACCUGUGGGUGACAAAACUCAUGUUUCAACUAGGGUGAUGGGAACAUACGGGUAUUGUGCUCCGGAGUAUGCCAUGAGUGGGAAAUUAACUCUUAAAUCUGACAUAUAUUGUUUCGGUGUGGUGCUAUUGGAGUUGAUAACCGGGCGGAAGGCGAUAGAUACAACUAAGAAGCAUGGAGAGCAGAACUUGGUUUCAUGGUCCCGUCCGUAUUUAAAAGACCAGAAGAAGUUUAGCCUACUGGUCGAUCCUGUAAUUCGGGGAUGUUAUCCUCGCCGUUGCUUGAACUAUGCAAUUGCAAUUACUGCUAUGUGUCUCAAUGAAGAAGCCAACUUUCGCCCACUUAUCAGUGAUAUCGUAGUUGCACUUGAAUACUUGGCUUCUCAGAGUCAGAAUUGGAGCCCAGAAUCACAGAAUCCCGAGGUCUGCAAUGCCUCACAGUCCUCGCCGAUACAAACAGAGAAAGGAAUCCCUCGUCGAUCUAAUUCCAGAAGGGGUUCGACUGCAGUUUGAAGUUAUUCAAUAAGAACUAUAAAGAAAACUGUGAUCAAGUAAGCUGCAACUCAUUAAUGAUCCCUUCUUCAAGAAUCGAACAAAACUUACUUUCGUAUUCCUUUUCAUAUAAACCGAUAUAGGCUUGUUACCUCUUCGAGCAUAGAAGAAGGGUGUGAUCUGGAACAAAAUAGACUCCGUCGAGUGAGUACAUAUGCGAGUGUAUAUGUGUAUCCGUGGAAGGGCUCGGCGUUUCAUUGGUGAAAAAUAUGGUAAUAGGAAGUGUCGAACCUUUUAAGUUAAUUUGCAUGGUGUGGGAAGCAACAUCAACGGUUGUCAGCUUUGUUUU